AUGUCCGUCAAGGACAUAACCGCCGCCUUCACAAAGGCCAGUUCUGUCCUGAAUACCGGCCAGCUCGUCAAGGAUGAGUUCUUCACGCUGUUCGAGGCGGUAGGAGCGUUGGAAAUCAUGGACGAGAAAAUGGACAGCGGAUACCUAGCGCCCGGCGAAACACUGGAUGAUGACUACGAUAUCUCUCGGCGAAUGUCGCCAGCGGAAGUGGUGGGGAUUAUGGAUCAGUUGUUGAGCCAUGAGGUUGCCUGGCAUUCGGGUCAUCCCCUUUCUCAGACGCUGUUUACUUCUAUAUACCUCGAUCGAAUGUUGUGGCCGGUGCCAAAGUCAUUGAAGGAGGCGAAGUUUAACCGGUCGGGUAUGACUGAGCAUAAGAAAGAAGAUGAAAAAGAAGGGGACGAGGAGGACGGUUCGAAAGGGCAAUGCAAUGAGCUCGUUGAUCUCGUGCUGAGGGCGUAUUGCCUGGCCCUCAUCAAGGCGUGUGACCGCAUAAACUCCAAAGUUUGCUCGGAAUAUUUUCAUGAGGAAGAAGAUUUCGUCACGCAGCUCUACAGUCGCAAUUUACUCGCCGAUGUGGGAUCGGAUCCUAUCCAACUUAUUCUCGACGAUGCUCUGUCAUGGCUGGACAGGCAAAAGCAGGAGCAAAGUGGUGCCGUCGACGAGCCUAUCCGGGAAGCCCUCGUUCACCGUCUGCUAUUCCGCCGGGAGUUACUCUCUGGCCUGGAUGUGGACACCAUGCCUGCCAAGCAACGAUCCAUUCAGCCGUUCCUCGCCGCUCUUCGUCACCUUGGACGAAUUGAGAAGUCAAUGCACCUGGGCAAAUCAGUGCCGGAGGCGUUUAGUUGGAAGAUCCAGCGCCGGUUAGCGAGCACCGUUCCACCCAGGCCGAUGGUCCAUGUGAGUGCCGCUGAUGCUAUUGCGCAUAUGACGCGGUUUUGUCAAGAUGCGGUGGAUGUGCAGCAGAUUCUGGAGUAUCGGGGACCGUAUAAUUUACAGACAUUUGUUUGGGCGUUUCAAUCACGCAAACCGCAGCCAUGUGCCUACAUUCGAUCUCUUGUCCAAUCGCUCAUCGUAAAUGAUGUGGAAAUCCUCGGCUCUGUGGAUGUGAAAGAUUUCUUCUUUGAUAGCCUUGCCGAACUUGUUUUGCCGCAUAACCAGUUGUUGGACCGCAAGAAUGAGGAAGUGGAAGCCCCGUCAGAUUCACGGUUUCAGAUCGCGAAGCACAUGGAUAAUUUUGUUAAAAAGGCUGCGCAGCCGUUUGUCGAUACCUAUCGCACCACGUGCUUGAACCGAUGUCGAGUUCGCCGCACGCUCUGCCAUGCCAUUGUCGAUUGGGAUGCGCUGCAAGCAGAGGCCGAAGAUUUUGAUGUCCAUCUCUGCACUUUAACCUUAGAGCCGCCCAUCGUCCUCCACGGCAAUGAACCCACUUAUUCAUACCCACUUAGCAGUUGGGCAUAUCAUGAGAAGCUCCGCCAGAUGCGCCUCAUCCUCCAACUAGGUUUUGAACUAUCGAUAUACUCACCCGAAGAAAUGCCCGGGAUGUACUGGUACCUCGCGCAUCUCUCUUCAACGCACCUUUCCCACCUCGAUCGCAUACGUUCUUGUGUACAAGCUACAAAUAAGAGGACGGCGCCAACUCUAUCACGCACACAGUCGCAACAGAGGCCUAAUACCAAUACUAAUACUACCGCUGCGGAACAGCACCAGCGGGCCUUCCACAAAACCCUCUCCCUCCUCCACAGACUCACAACCGAACUCGUAGCCAUCGACGCCUUCGCCAUCGCUUUGCACGCCCUCUACGUCCUUUUAUCCCGCUACCAAUUACUCCAAUCAACAUACAUUGCCUCCUCAACUCCUUCCACACAGACACAUCCACAAAGGCAGCGCCCUUCCUACUCGUCCGACCACCUCCGCUACGAGCUGCGCAUGAAACCCUUCCUUACCAUCUCGCUGCCCGAACUUGUCCCCUUCGACACCUUCGAGCAAGAGUCUGGGCUAGUUGGGGUUAGCGACGCUGACGUGCUGGAGAGGGCGUCGAGGGCCAUUGCGGAGGCGAAGAGGGGUGUUGAGAGGUGCUUGAUGGCCGGCGCAUCUUUGGAAGUGGAGGGCAAUCAGGCGGGUAGUGCAGAUGGCGAUGGCCGUGACGUCCCCGACGAGGUCCCCGAUGAGAAAGAAAGGAAGCGCCAACCUGCCAAGACGGACGGGAAGGGCAAGAGUGCCAAACUAGAACCAGAACCAGACGCCGAACCCAGACCCCGGCUCUUGCAGGAUGACUGGACCAGUGAUAUGAAGGAUUCGCUGCGCGCGUGUAUUGGGGCCAGCAUCGCCAUUGGUACGGUGAAAAAGGCCAUUUCUGCAUCUGCGCCUGACGCUGCUAGCAAUCCUGACGGGGAUGAGAAUGAACGGCCGAAACUAAAUCUAUCCGUUGACAUCCCGCCCGUCGGCUCGAAGGGGCGCUGGCAUGAUUGGUGGGCUGUACCUCGGGUUACGGAGGUGUUGCCGCUACGAGGCAGCGGGUGA